AUGCAUCGUCUUUUUGCUGAGCUGGAGCCAUCUUUAAUCGUCACAGAGCAAAACCUGGCAGACCGAGUUCGGUAUAUCUUGCGCUCAAAUAUAUUUGAUGUCGCCGAACUCGAACGGCUACGACGUGAGGCUGUUCCCUCGUCGGAUGAGAAUGCUACGGCUGAGGAUGCGGCGCCACAAAUGGUAGAGCAACCCGCAAACGUGGAUGCCGCCGUGAAUACCCCAGUUGUGGUUGAUUCAAACGAUGAUGGAACAGUCGCCCAGGAACUGGAAUUAGAGCAUAUGAGGAGUAUAUUGGAAGAGGCGAUUGUGGAAACGCGCAGUACGCCUCUCGAAAAUCGACCGCGACUUCCCCGCAUAGCCCUAAGCAAGCGGAAUCGGGCUGUCGUGAGGGCUCUGAACCCAAUGCUGGUUACCUAUUUGGAAGCCAGCCGGGACCUUUGCGAGACGGACUCAAUUCUUUUUGGCGCCGCGCUGGCAGUCUGCCGUAUCAUAGGCGCCAAGGUUUCCACGGCUGGACGCGCUACUGGCCAUAGUAGCGCUAUCCCAGCAUGGAGAAGAAGAAUUGAGGAACGUAUCGCAAAGGCUAGAGCUCUCAUCGGCAGACUGAUAUGCUUCAGAUCAGGCAACAACAGGCCAAGAAUUGUGCGCACCGUCAGGAUGGCGUUUGCUGGGACAAAUGUCAGUUUGUCCCAGCCGGAUAUAACGCAAAAACUGACGGAGCGCAUAGAUGAUCUGAAGCAGAGAAUCGCUGCUUGGGGAAAGCGGAUUCGGCGAUAUACCGAGAGGUCGACACGGUUCAACCAGAAUCGUCUCUUCCAGAGUGAUCAGAAGAGGCUCUAUGAAUCAUUGGAGCGACCAAUGGUAAGUGGAACGGGUCCAGCACCGAAUCAGGCCGACACUGUAGCAUUCUGGCGCGGCCUGUGGUCAGAGCCCGUAAACCACAGCGAGGGCCCUUGGACGGAAGUUGUGGCGAGUCAGUGUGCGGGUAUUACGCCCAUGGACCCCGUCAUCAUAACGCCGGAUGACGUAGCUGAGGCGGUUCGUAGGGCCCCGAACUGGAAAAGUCCGGGGCUUGACGGGCUGCAUCACUACUGGCUGAAGGGGUUCAUGGUGUGUCACUCUGUGCUCGCCCGACAGUUUCAAGAGGCUCUCAACCAGAAGUCGCUCCCAAGCCUCUUCACUACUGGGAUCACUCAUUUAGUUCCUAAAGACCAGGCUGAGGCGGUCCGUAGAGCCCCGAACUGGAAAAGUCCGGGACUCGACGGACUGCAUCACUACUGGCUGAAGGGGUUAUGGUGUGUCACGCUGUGCUCGCCCGUCAGUUUCAAGAGGCUCUCAACCAGAAGUCGCUCCCUAGCCUCUUCACUACUGGGAUCACUAUUUGGUUCCUAA